AUGAUAUGUGAACCCGGUGACAUACAUAUAGUUGAUCGUGGAUUUCGAGAUGUAGCAGAUACAUUCGAGGACUUAGGAUUUGAUGUAAAGAUGCCGGGAUUCCUACGAAAAGGUGCUAAACAACUUGAUAUAGAACAAGCCAAUGAAACACGAAUGAUAACGAAAACAAGAUGGGUAGUUGAAUCUUUUCACUCGCAAUUUAAAAAAUGGCGUUUCUUUUCAGAACGCAUCAGUCAAGACUUUCUUCUUAAUAUUGAUAUACUAGUUAAAACUUUAGCUGGUAGUUUAAAUAAGUAUAAACCUCGAAUUUAUUAUGGAAAGUCAACUGAAGAUUUUACUUUAGCCAAUAAGAUGUUUCUAUUAAAAGAUCGAACAAGUAAUUUAGAACAGUUAAUUUCUAAUGGUGAUUUCUCUUUAAGAAAAAAUUGGAAAAACAUACUUGAUAUUGAUUUUGAUAUUGAUUUUCCUUUUCUUACACUUGAUUUUCUUCGGGAUUAUACAUGUGGCAUUUACCAAAUCAAACAAAGUCCCACAUAUGCCAAGGCACAUUUGUAUGAUAAUGAUGGCGAAUUUCAAUUUCAAGUUUCUUCUUCUGAUGAUUCUUUUCUGCGUUGUCGAUUACAUAGUAAACAUUCAAGUACAACUUUGUAUUUUUUAUGUAUACAAUUUGACAAAAGCGAUUCUAAUGAUCCCAUAAAAGAUCAUUACUGUCAAUGCAAGUGCGGUGUGAGACAGUUAGGAUGUUGCUCACAUAUAGCAACGAUGCUAUGGUACCUUGGCUAUGCACGUCAUAUUGCCUGGUCUCCACCAACACGCACUGAUCGUUAUCGUGAGAAAUUCUUGUAG